CACAAACCGUUUUUACGUGUUUGGUAGAAAGGUCCUUAUUAUAGUUCAUAAAACAGUGUUUAUAACCGUUUUAAAAUAAAAAAAUAUAUUUUGGAAUUUAGAAUUCUGAUUGCCAUUUUAGAUUAAAACCUAAAUAAAAAUAACAAUAAUGCCAUCUGUGGACAAUACAGAGGAAGUCUCUGCACCGCAGGUGCCCAAAACAGAGCUAGAAGAAUUGCAAAUAAAAGCUAAUAGCGUUGCUGAUGAUUCUUUGGAAAGUACACGUCGUAUGUUGGCGCUAUGUGAAGAGAGUGCUGAAGUUGGAAUGAGGAGUAUUGUUAUGCUGGAUGAACAAGGAGAACAAUUGGAUCGAAUUGAAGAGGGAAUGGAUCAAAUUAAUGCAGACAUGAGAGAAGCAGAAAAAAAUCUUAGUGGCAUGGAGAAAUGCUGCGGAAUUUGUGUAUUACCUUGCAAUAAGAGCCAAUCAUUUAAAGAAGACGAUGGUACCUGGAAAGGAAACGACGAUGGAAAAGUAGUUAAUAAUCAACCUCAAAGAGUUAUGGACGAUAGAAAUGGAAUGAUGGCACAAGCUGGCUAUAUUGGAAGAAUAACAAAUGACGCACGAGAAGAUGAAAUGGAGGAAAAUAUGGGUCAAGUAAACACAAUGAUAGGAAAUCUACGAAAUAUGGCUUUAGAUAUGGGUUCUGAACUUGAGAAUCAAAACAGACAAAUAGACAGAAUCAACAGAAAGGCUGAGUCUAAUGAGGCGAGAAUAGCUGUUGCAAACCAAAGGGCACACCAGCUUUUAAAGUAAAUUAACCGUCAAGCUUUUAUUCUAAAACAGGCCUUUUAGUUCAAAAUGCAUCGAGUUAAAUGAUUAUUAGUUACUUUUUGUUAUAUUUUUAUUAUUAUAUUAAUAAACAUAAUUUCUUAAAUUUACAUAUACAUACAUAUGAACAUGUAAUUAUGCUAUUACUUUAAAUAAUAAAGUUACGUUAGGGAGGGUAGGCUAUUUUAGAAACAUGUUUAUUAAUCUCAUUCUGAAUAAUAAACCUUGGAAGUUUGUUCCCUCAACUAUUCAUGAAGCAUACAAAAGGAAACAUACUCCUGUGGAAUAAUUGCUCAUAAUUGGCUUGUAUAAUUUUUCAAUUCACAACCCACCCUGAGUACACAUCGCACACCAGGUUCGAAUGUGACACAACACAAAAUUAAUUUUUUUAAAGACGAAAAAUAAUGUAUGCCAAUUGAAAUAUAAACAAGUCAACAACAGAAAUUUCUCGCAUGAAACAGUGAAAUUGAAGAAAAAACAAUGUGAAUCGUUUCUAUUGAAAUUUUUAUAGUAAGAACAUUUUAUUUGAAGUUUAUAGCAUAAUCUGUUAAAAAAUUCACAUUAUAAAACGGUGCGAAAAGUAAAAAUUUUAAUUUAUAUAUAAAAUCUAUAAAGUAAUGAAAACGAAAUUAUGUUUUAAUAAUUAAGAUUAAAAUUAAUAUUGUUUACUAAUUUUAAGAGAAAUAGAGGAAUUUCCGAUAUACGGAAAUAUAAGUUAAAAAAGUACGUGGACAUAAACAUAGAAUUUUCCAGGGGAGAAUUUAUUGGUAUAAUUUUUUGAACACUUUUUAUUUAAUUUCUAUAUUAUUUGUUAAUUGUUUGUAAUUUGUUUUUAACAUUGUUUAGCUUUUUUAUGUUUUCGUAAUUCGUGUUGGCUCUUCACACUAUAAGUUAUAGAAACACUACUUACUCACAAAUCGAGAAACGAUGGGAUUUUUUGCUUCACACUUCUCGAGUUGAGAAGUUCUCCCUAAAAGUUACAGAAACCGAGUACAGAGUUUGGCUGUGCCGAAUCUUAUAUACCCUUCACCAAGUAUUUUU